AUGGCCGUUGAACUGUGUCACUGGGCAGGCAGUGCCUCUAAUACUUGUAAUGCUAGAGGUGAUGUUUUUGCCUGUGAACUUAUGAGUCAAGGCAUCUUAGCCUUGGUCAGCUCCAUUGGCUGCACGUCAGCAGGGUCCCUCCAGUCUUUGGCAGAUGCCAUGCAUAUCCCCCACCUCUUCAUUCAGCGCUCAACAGCUGGGACUCCAAGAAGUAGCUGUGGACUCACCAGGAGCAACAGGAAUGACGACUAUACUCUCUCUGUUCGCCCACCUGUCUACUUGAAUGAUGUUAUCCUAAGAGUCAUCACAGAGUAUGCCUGGCAGAAAUUCAUUAUAUUCUAUGAUAGUGAAUAUGAUAUCCGUGGAAUACAGGAGUUUUUGGACAAAGUAUCUCAGCAGGGGAUGGAUGUUGCACUUCAGAAGGUAGAAAACAACAUCAAUAAAAUGAUCACUACUCUCUUUGAUACCAUGAGAAUAGAGGAAUUGAAUCGCUAUCGAGACACUCUUAGGCGAGCCAUCCUUGUUAUGAAUCCUGCCACAGCCAAAUCCUUCAUUACUGAG